AGGGACAGAGAUCGCAUGCUGGAAUCAGACUCUGGCCGCCACAGCGAUGGCUUCGCUGCGGAGACGCUGCUGCAUCCUCCUGCUCUUCCUCCAUCUGCGGUGGUCUGCCUGCCUCCACCAAGGACCUGCAGACAGCGCUGCCGUUUCUCAGGAACACGAGAAUGGGAGCAGUGACAGGAUGAGGACAGAGGAAGGUUUGGGACCUGCUGGAGGACGACUGCAGUCUUCAGACGCGUCACGGAGGAAGCUGCUUCAGACAGCGGGAGCCGCAGCGUCCCUCCGCCCUCUGAAGGUGUUCUCCAACGGGCAGCCGUGCAUCUUGUUCCAGGCCAGGAAACUGUCUCUCCGCUAUGACAAGCAGAAACACCUGGACCUCACAGAGCGAGCCUUUUCUCCUCAGAAACCUGUCGACACCAGCCAGUCCGUCUGCCGCCAGGACACAGCCACGUUGGUCAUGAGGUUUGGAGAUGUGGAGGAUUUGAGAGGCCUGUCCAUCAGACUGCAGCUGUCCAACACCUUUUACGAGUCCUCGGGGCAGUCGUGGUUCUCGGUGGACAGCGUCUCGCUGCUCUACAACAGUUCUGAAGAAGCUGCGUUCAACGCCAGCGAGGUGUACGCUCCAUCCUCCUCCUCCUACCGCUGCAUCCACGUCAGCAGCCUGGAGCGGUACAGUGCCCUGCUGCUACCCGGCACUGACCACGCCCGCCGCUGGUCCAUCACCUUCACCGACUUCCAGAUUCAGGCCUUCAGCGUCACCUCGGGAAAGUUUUCCCCGGCGAGCGACUGCACCACCUUCCUGACGCCGGCCAUCCUGAUGGGCCUCAUCACCUCCCUCAUCCUGCUGCUGGUGCUGGCCUACGCCCUGCACAUGGUCAUCCACCUGAAACAUAUCGAGCAUGACGAGGAGCACAAGGCCGACGUCUACUUCCCACAAAACCCCGAACAGCUGGAAGAGUACUGCGUGGAAAACCUCACUGAGAAAAACCUGAUGUAGGCACGAAGGUGGUGCACAGACUUUUAGCUGAUCCGGCACGAAGCCUCUGGGACGAUCCACUCUCAGCUCAGGAUUCACAUUUUUCUAAACUUUUGUAAUUUACCCAUGAAAGGAUUUCUGUUUUUAUCUUAAUA